GGCUCAGCUGACGGCUCCGAGACGGAAGAGGCGGUGCGCGGGUGGAGCCGGGCGUCGAUAUAGGCCUGGCCGGCGAGGAGCAGGCCCGGAGAGCGGAGCCCAGGGGCGCGGCGGGGCGGCCAGGAGAUGGCCGAGUUUGCGCAGUCUGCCUAGCAUGAGUCCCACAGCUCUGCCUCUCAGCCAGCCUCAGCCUUCUCAGCUCCACCGGCUGCGGGAUAAAUGGGAUUAAUACGACUUGCAAACUGAACUAAAAUCCAGACUGCGGUGCUAGUAUCGUUUCUUCUGGUGGUGUGAACAGUUGGAGGAACCCUUCUUUGAAGUGAUACUGAGCUUCUCGCAGCUCCUGUGCAUCUCAAGUGGUUGGUGUGUGCGCCUUCAGAUCCUAGACCACUAGAUGUCGUCAGAAGACCGAGAGGCGCAGGAGGAUGAACUGCUGGCCUUGGCGAGCAUUUAUGAUGGCGAUGAAUUUAGAAAAGCUGAGUCCGUCCAAGGCGGAGAAACCAGGAUCUAUUUGGAUUUGCCACAGAAUUUCAAGAUAUUUGUGAGCGGCAAUUCAAAUGAGUGUCUCCAGAAUAGUGGCUUUGAAUACACCAUUUGCUUUCUGCCUCCACUUGUGCUGAACUUUGAACUGCCACCAGAUUAUCCAUCCUCCUCCCCACCUUCAUUCACACUUAGUGGCAAAUGGCUGUCACCAACUCAGCUGUCCGCUCUGUGCAAGCACUUGGACAACCUGUGGGAAGAGCACCGAGGCAGUGUGGUCCUGUUUGCCUGGAUGCAGUUUCUUAAGGAAGAGACCCUCGCCUACCUGAAUAUUGUCUCUCCUUUUGAGCUCAAGAUGGGAUCCCACAAGCAGGUGCAGAGAAGAGCAGCGCCAGCCUGUCCCAACAAAGAGCUGGAGUCUGGAGGAGCCGCUGGGUGCACCGUAGAUCAAGAGGAAGCCGUGGACGAGCGAGCUGUGCAGGACGUGGAAUCAUUGUCGAGUCUGAUCCAGGAAAUCUUGGACUUCGAUCAAGCUCAGCAGAUAAAAUGCUUCAAUAGUAAAUUGUUCCUAUGCAAUAUCUGUUUCUGUGAGAAACUGGGAAGUGAGUGCAUGUACUUCUUGGAGUGCAGGCAUGUGUACUGCAAAGCUUGUCUGAAGGACUACUUUGAAAUCCAGAUCAAAGAUGGCCAAGUUCAGUGUCUCAACUGCCCAGAACCAAAGUGCUCUUCAGUGGCCACUCCUGGUCAGGUUAAAGAGCUUGUCGAGGCAGAAUUGUUUGCUCGCUACGACCGCCUUCUUCUCCAGUCCACCUUGGACCGGAUGGCAGAUGUGGUGUACUGCCCCCGCCCGUCCUGCCAGCUGCCGGUGAUGCAGGAGCCGAGCUGCACCAUGGGCAUCUGCUCCAGCUGCAACUUUGCCUUCUGUACCUUGUGCAGAUUGACCUACCAUGGGGUCUCUCCAUGUAAAGUGACUGCAGAGAAAUUGGUAGACUUACGGGAUGAGUACCUGCAAGCAGAUGAGGCCACGAAGAGAUUCUUGGAACAGAGGUAUGGUAAGAGGGUGAUUCAGAAGGCACUGGAAGAGAUGGAAAGUAAGGAGUGGCUGGAAAAGAACUCCAAGAACUGCCCCUGUUGCGGGACCCCUAUACAGAAAUUAGACGGAUGUAACAAGAUGACGUGCACGGGCUGUAUGCAGUACUUCUGCUGGAUUUGCAUGGGUUUUCUCUCUCGAGCAAACCCUUACAAACACUUCACUGAUCCUGAGUCCCUGUGUUUCAACCGGUUGUUCCAUGCUGUGGAUAUUAAUGGAGAUGUUUGGGAAGAUGUGAUUGAAGACUAGUUAACUACUUCCUCUCGAGAUACAGAAAUGGAAUGAUUUGCUGUGAUCUUUUGUUGAGUAUACAAAAUAACCUUGCAGGAUAUUUAUGCUACCAUUGAUUCUUCCUGUGUAGAAUAUAAGGAAGGAAGAAUGAGGUUUUAUUUUUUCAUGUGGUACUACUGAUUCAGGCACAUCCAUAUGUUUUGCAUCAUAACACAAGUGGACACAAUUCUAAGCCAAAGGUUCAGGAAAUGGAAACUAAGGGAUAUAUUACAUAUUAUAAUGUGCCCAAAACUCUAAAUAAAUAGUCAUAAAACA